AUGCAUUCGACUGUGAAUCGUCUAGAUGCCAACACCAGAGCAGACAACUGCGCCACAGCAAAUCAGUCUUGUGAAUAUUCGCGAACUAUGCGGUCGCUUUAUGAUGAUUUCUCCGUCGUGUCGGAUAGCGGUGAGGAAGGCAGAGGGAAUAGCCACAGCUAUAGCAACAGUAACAAUAAUAACAGUAGUGCCAUACCAUAUCACGCGCGUGAAAAUUCGUUGCCAUUUAGUUACGGUCAAAUAAAUAAAGCAUCGACACCAUUGCGCAGUACUAAUGGAGUCAAUGCUGGACUAGGCGGACUCCAUCGCAAUCAUCAUGGUGUUGGUGCUAGUUCUGGUGGUGUUCUCGAUUUCGGUUACGGUUCGGGUCCAGCACCGUUAAAGGCGGAUGUGAAUUAUACUGAUCAUUAUUAUGGCAGUAAUUACAACAAUGCAAACAACAACGGAUUAACAGCUACAUUAAAAUCGACAACAACAGCAACAACUGCAAAAUCAUCAGCAUCGGGAAGUAGUACGAAUGCAAUGAAUACGAUCAAAGCACAACCACGUCUGACAAGCCCGAUAUUAGUGCGCAAAACGCUCAAUAGCCGAUCACCUACGCGCAAUGGCUCCACCAACACCAAUACAAUCGCCAACACAUACCAUUACAAAUAUGGCAGCGACAAUGACAACAAUUUUGGAGUUCCCGUCGGUGGCGGCGGCGGCGGCGGCAGCAACCGCGGCAAUACUUUAAAUGGCAAGAUCAGCGGCAACAGCAGUAACUAUGGCUAUGGUAAUACCAUGAGAUAUGUCAAUAACACCAACAACAACAACUAUAUUUACAACAGUAGUAAUGGCAAUAAUUUUGAUAUUGGCGAUACCAUCGAUGGCAGCAUCAAUGUGCGCAAAACGCAACCUCGAGACGAUUUUGAGGAACUUUUAAGAGAACGUCGGGAAAAGGUUUUACGCGAACAUUACCGAUCGGUCGGGUCAACACCAACGUCGAACGGUAUCAACGGCGGUAGCUUUGGCAGUUCACCAAAACCUCAAAAGUUCAACUAUGAUUUCGAAUUCCAUUUGAAUUUGGAUGAUGCGCCGCCUCCACCACGCCGCGCCCACACCAUUGAUCGCUCGUCGCUACAACAAAUGCAACAGUAUCGCACUCGCGAUAUUCCAAUUGAGCGUGAGGUCGCUACGCCAACUAUUAAUUCGUCGUAUGUGGAACGUAAUUAUCACACAAUUAGCUCCUCUAAUGCCUAUCGAGAAGCGGGUAACGCGCACGCAACUACUCAACACCAAUCACGAAUACAGGGUCAGCAACAUCAACCACCGCAACCACAACAGCAGAAACAUGAAUUUGAAUCGCUUUACAGUACGAUAGAGAGGCGUGGGGUGCAACCAUCGCAAAGGCAACAGUCGCUAUCACCGUCCCCGAUGCAACCACAGCAACAACGUCGACCAGAGUACUCCACAUAUGGAAAUGGAAAUGCGGCUGGUUAUGGACUUGACGGCAACAACGACAAUGUUACAACAAAUAAUCGUAGCUCAUUGGGAGCUGCUGUAGUGGCACGCAGCCGCAACGACUUGUCAUCGCCCAUUUAUGCCACGACGACUAAGCAAGUUAACACAACAGCCAGCACAUAUCACAGCCGCAAUACAACCGAACCAGAAUUGUCAACUAUGGAUCACCAACUGCAGUCAUCAUUGUCUUUGCCAAUUGGCUCAGCAUUGACGGUGACUGCGAAUACGAAUUCGGUUGUGUCUGGUAAGAUUUCACCUUCGUCAUCCCAUACCGCACGCCCCGAAACCCCAGCGUUUCCCGUUACACCACGCACGCCACAUGGUGCAUACAAUGGCCAAAACAGCCCCAUGGGUUAUUCACAUAGCCCGGUGUUGCAGCGUCCGGACUUGCCGACAGGAAAAUCAAUGAUCGACUUGCACAACUACUCCUCGGAGACCAUUUAUCGGACGAGUGUCCGUCCACGUCUCGACUCCAACAUGUCAUUGGUAAAUAGCGAACCGCAGGAGGUUGCUGCACAUCUGGUCAAAUUUGCCAAAGACUCAUCGAAAUACUGGUACAAACCGAAUUUGUCACGCGAAGAAGUUGUUCAAUUACUACUAUACGCCGAGCCAGGUACAUUUAUUGUACGCAAUUCGACUACUUACAAGGACAACUAUGGGUUAGUUCUGCGUGUGCAUCAACCACCCCCGAAUAGCGAACUCACCGGUCAGCCAGAUGAUUUAGUACGCCAUUUCCUUAUAGAGCCGACCAAACACGGCGUUCGUUUGAAGGGUUGCGCAAAUGAACCAGUCUUUACGUCGCUUUCAGCACUCAUUUAUGAGCAUUCCAUUAACAAAUUAGCCUUGCCAUGUUUAUUACGUAUACCCGAACACGAUCUAGUACCAUCGUUGAUUGAGCCGACAACUGCGCAAAAGCAAUUGCUAACGCAAGGUGCCGCUUGUAAUGUGCUUUGGUUGUACUCAUGCGAGACAGAAUCUCUAACGGGAGAAGAAGCUAUACGAAAAUCCAUACGACAAUUAUACACUCACAAUCCGCUACCUACACCAACAGAGGUGCACUUCAAAGUCACACAGCAGGGAAUCACACUUACCGACAAUACCCGAAAGAAGUUCUUCCGAAAACAUUAUCCCGGCGACAGCAUCUCAUUUUGUGCCAUAGAUCCAGAUCAUCGUCUCUGGACAAUCCAAUUAACCGAUGAUGAUGGUAAUAUCAAGAAUACCGCAGCUACUGCUGAAGUGAAGAAGACCAUAUUUGCCUUUGUUGCGAGGAAUUCGCCUAAAUCGAAGGAUAAUCAAUGUCAUGUAUUUUGCGAUUUUGAUAUCCAUCAACCAGCCUCGGCCAUCGUAUCGUACGUUAAUAAAACACUCCCAACGGAGAAAGAACGUAAUUUUGUACUCUGAGAUUGGACGCGUACGAAGCAAGGGAAGCAUUUGGACAACGGACAACUUAUCCAAACAUUUGUGCACCGAUCAACGCGACCAUAAUAAAGGCUAAUUAGUUUAAGAGAGUAACCGUAAAUUAACCCGCACGCACAUUUUUAUCCACAUUUAAACCUUUGUAAAAUAUUAAUUCCCAAAUUGUACCUGCAAAACGAAUUAAGUAAAAGAUUCAUAAACAGAUGUUAUCCUUUAUUAUGAGAUUACACACACCAGCACGGAGCACUUUCUCCAUUCGGACGUGCGCCACGGUCCGUACCCUCACACGGCUAUCAACGAAGCACAAGUCAUUUAAGCAGCAUUAAAUAAGAUUCGAUUGCGUAUAUACACAAGUAUAUAAUAUACAAGAUAUGUGUAUGUAUAUGUAUAACCGUAUGUCCUUUAUUUAAGCUAGCUGUGACAAAAAAUACAUACAUGCAUACGCACAUGCCCCAAAAAACACACCUAAUUUUACUCACACCAAUAUUGAUUAUCCUAAUAUAUAUGCAUGUAUGUAUGUAUACGUAUUUACUUUUGUAUGUUCAAGUACAUAUGAUUAAAUACUGAAUUUGUUAUACAUAUAUGUUUGUUGUAUGAAAAUAUUUUGUUUUUAUAGCCUUAAGUUUUCAUUUUUUAUUUA